UGUGAAUAAAAUUAAUAUGCAGCAAAAAAUUCUGAUGGCUGAAUAUAUACUGGAGCACCAACACUUGGCCAAAAAUGUUAUACCGAAUUCCGGACAGGGCAAAGCAACUGCAAAUAGGUUGUGGGAGGCUUUGGCAGUGAAACUUAAUGGCGCAGGUCCCCCUGUCCAGGAUGCAAAGACAUGGCGAAAGGUAUUUGCUGACCAAAAGCAGAAUGUGAAAAAGAAACUUUCCUUUAAUAAGGCGUCGAAGCAGAGAACUGGCGGUGGUCCUUACGAGGAAAAGCCUUUGACGGCGGCAGACGAACAAAUUGUACAGGCUGCCGGGUUGGAUGUUUCAGUAGAAGGGCUACAUUCUGUCAGAUGUUUUGGUAAUUUAUUGCCCCAAAAUGAAAGCGCCCAGGAAGCAAUCGAGGAAACAGUAGAAGAAUUUUUGGCCAGUGAUGAGGAAGAAAGCGGAAGUAAGAAAGAAGACGAAUACCCCACUACCUCCAGAAAAAGUGUAAAAGCACAAGGAAAGACUGAAAAGCUUGCACUCCUAAAAUUACACCUUAAUGCGUCUGAAGAAUCUCAAAGCAACAUAAGCAGUAAGUUGGACAGACUGAUAGCGCUUAAAGAAAGAUCGGUAGCAUUGAAGGAAGAAGCUCACAAGGCUAACAUGGCCGUCAAGGAAUUGGAACUCAAAAUCAAACGCCUUGAGUUGGCUGCUUUACAAAAUUCAUAUUCAAAAUAGUUCAAUAUAUUUUUACAUAUCGUUACCUUAAUUGAUACUUUUAAAACGCAAAUAUUUUUUUUUUUAAUCUU